CAUCAGUAGCGAUACCCCAUUUUCCAGCUGUCCCUCAGUCGGCCGGGAUUUCAGAACCACGGGAGAAUCACCGGAAAGGGUUUUGGUGAUAAAACGGCUUACUUUAAGGAGAAGAUACCACGUUAUAUGGUCACAUAAAGACGCAACGACCUACCGUAUCCAGUAUUUCGUCAUGGAGGCUGAACUAUGAGGUGUUGUGUAGCUGUAGACGACGAGUGAACCAUGGCACAGUUCCCCACCACAUUCACAGGUCCAGAUGUGUUUCUGAUCUCAGUGGAUGAGAGAGCCAAACAUGAUCAGCAGUUUCACAGCCUCUCUCCGACAGCCGGGGGUUACAUCACAGGUGACCAGGCCAAGAACUUCUUCCUUCAAUCAGGACUGCCCCCUCCCAUCCUGGCCCAAAUCUGGGCUCUGGCUGACAUGAACAGUGAUGGCCGUAUGGAUAUCCAUGAGUUCUCCAUUGCCAUGAAACUCAUCAAACUGAAACUCCAGGGUCACCCUCUACCCCCUGCGCUGCCUCCUAGUAUGAAACAACCCCCACUGCCUUUACCCCCACAGACUGGUUUUGGCAUGCCUCCCAUGGCUUCCAUUCCAACUCCCAUUCCAGCUCCUCUGCCAGGCGUGCCCCCGCUCCCCCUGCCCCCUCUGCCUGUCGGGGUGUCUCCCCCACUGGUCUCAUCUGCCCCACCUCCCCUCCCCCAGCCUAUUGCCAAUGGAGCUCCUCCCACAGGCAUGAUGCAGCCCAUAUCAGGCUUCUCCCACCCAGCUUCAUCUGUCAACAAGUCUUCUUCAUUUAAUCGUUCCAGUACUAAACUGCAGAAGGGGUCAUCCUUUGAUGCUGCUAGUAGUCAGCCCCCCUCUGAUUGGGCUGUUCCUCAGUCCUCAAGGCUGAAGUACAGACAGCUUUUUAACUCCCAUGACAAGAUGAUGAGUGGACACCUCACUGGUCCCCAGGCACGCACUAUCCUGAUGCAGUCUAGUCUUCCUCAGAGCCAACUCGCCACAAUAUGGAGUUUAUCAGAUAUCGACCAGGAUGGGAAGCUAACAGCUGAGGAGUUUAUCUUGGCCAUGCACCUCAUAGAUAUGGCUAUGUCAGGGUUACCGCUACCCCCUGUAUUACCAGCAGAAUACCUCCCACCCACAUUCAGGCGUGUGCGAAGUGACAGUGUUCAGUCGGACCAGAAAAGCGUGCAGGAGGAGACAGAGGAGGAGACUGAGAGCAGCCAAGAAAAGAAACUACCAGUGACAUUUGAAGAUAAGAAGAGGGAGAACUUUGAGCGAGGAAACCUGGAGUUGGAGAAGAGACGUCAGGCCCUGCAAGAGCAGCAGAGGAAAGAGCAGGAGAGACUGGCUGCACUGGAGAGAGAGGAACAGGAGAGAAAGGAGCGUGAGCGUCUAGAGCAGGAGAGGAGACGACAACAGGAACUAGAAAAACAGCUGGAGAAACAGAGAGAGCUGGAGAGGCAGAGAGAAGAGGAGAGACGCAAAGAGAUAGAGAGAAGAGAGGCUGCUAAGCGUGAAUUAGAGCGCCAGCGUCAGUUGGAGUGGGAGCGUCAACGUCGACAGGAGCUUCUGACUCAAAGAAACCGAGAGCAAGAGAGUAUAGUGCUGCUCAAAGCCAGGAAGAAGACUCUGGAGUUUGAACUGGAAGCUCUGAAUGAUAAGAAGACCCAGCUGGAGGGCAAACUGAAGGAUGUUCGGUUUCGUCUGUCGGCUCAGCGGAGGGAGGUGGAGCAGACAAAUCAGACCAGAGAAACACGCAUUGCUGAAAUCACCCUGCUACAACAGCAGCUGCAGGACUCCCAGCAGUGGCUGGGGAGACUAAUUCCUGAUAAACAGAGUCUCAACGACCAAUUGAAACAGGUUCAGCAGAACAGCCUGCACCGUGACAGUCUGUCAUCCCUGCAGAAGGCUGUGGAGCAGAAGGAGACCAGCAGACAGCAGCUCAGAGAGCAGCUGGAUGCUGUGGAGAGAGAGACGAGGGCCAAACUGCUAGAAAUAGAUGCUUUCAACACCCAGCUGAAGUCUCUGUGUGAGUUCUAUGCCAACCACUGUGCCAGGAUAGAGGCCCUGCGACGCCAGCUUCAGGAGGAACAGAGAGGGAGACAGGAGCUGCGGGAGAUCCACAGUCGGCAGCAGAGACAGAAACAGAAGGAGCUGGAGGGAGACACACACACACUGACACACACACACUCUCACAUACACACUCCAAGUGAGAGAAAGUCUGCUGAGCUGCAGGAGAGCAGGUUGUCAUCAGAGGAAAAUGUGGCCUGGAGGGAUGAAGCAGGAAGCUCUGUCCCUAAAGCUCCAAGCCCGGCCUCCGUCUCUGCGCCCGACGCCUGGCUAAACAGAGUGACUCAGGAAGAGGAGGAGAGGAAGAGGAGAGGGAUGGAGGAAGAAGAGGAGGGCCGGAAGGGAGCAGGAUCAGUAGAAGAGAAAGAGGAUGAGGGAAGGAACAAGAAGGACAUGCAAGAUACUAACAAGCUGUUCAGCCAGCCGGCAGACCCCUGGGCUUCAACAGCAGAAAAGGCUCCGGUACCCAGCCUGUUUGAACAGAAGGCGGCAGCCAGCAGCUUUGACCAGCAGCAGCCAGUAAAGGUGGUCUACUACAGGGCUCUCUAUCCAUUUGAUGCUCGCAGCCAUGAUGAGAUCAGCAUCACUCCUGGAGAUGUAAUCAUGGUGAAGGGGGAAUGGGUGGAUGAGUCCCAGACAGGUGAACCUGGCUGGCUGGGAGGAGAGCUCAGGGGGAGGACUGGUUGGUUCCCAGCCAAUUACGCAGAACGGAUACCUGACAGCGAAGCACCAAUCAGCCUGCGUUCCACAGCCUCGGCCACACCCACUUCUGCCCAGCAGCCAAUUAACACCCCUCCCCCAGCACCUGGACACACCUCCUCGUCCACAUCCUCCGCCAACAGUAACUGGGCCGACUUCAGCACCACUUGGCCCUCAAAUACAGCCAGCCAAUCAGACAGCGAGGGAUGGGACGCGUGGCCAACCUCUUCAGCCAGCCAGAAUCCAUCACUCAGUGUUCCCUCGGCACAGCUACGGCAACGCUCCGCCUUCACACCUGCUACCAUGACAACAGGCUCCUCUCCUUCACCUGUGCUGGGACAGGGGGAGAAGGUCGAGGGUCUGCAGGCUCAGGCUUUGUAUCCCUGGAGAGCGAAGAAGGACAACCACCUCAACUUCAACAAAAAUGAGAUAAUAACAGUGUUGGAGCAGCAGGACAUGUGGUGGUUAGGUGAACUGCAGACUGGACAGAGAGGCUGGUUCCCAAAAAGUUAUGUCAAGCUCAUCUCCGCCACCAUGACGGCCCCUGCUGGUGCCACGGCACGCAGCAAAAACACUAGUGAAUCUGGAGUAUCAGACAGCCCUCCCAACGGAAAACGACCCUCCCCUUCCCCAACAAAACCCUCUGAGUCUGGAGAAGAGUAUGUGGCCAUGUACACCUACGAGAGCAGUGAACAAGGAGACCUUAGUUUCCAGCAAGGAGACAUCGUCAUGGUGACCAGGAAAGAAGGGGAUUGGUGGACAGGCAUGGUGGGGGGUAAGACUGGAGUCUUCCCGUCCAAUUACGUCAAACCUCGAGACUCCGCUUCAGAGUCAUUGGGACCAGCAGGGAAGACAGGCAGCCUGGGAAAGAAACCAGAGAUCGCUCAGGUGAUCGCUCCCUACAGUGCAACAGGAGCAGAGCAGCUGACGUUAGCCCCUGGGCAGCUCAUCCUCAUCAGGAAAAAGAACCCAGGGGGCUGGUGGGAGGGUGAGCUCCAGGCCCGGGGGAAAAAGCGUCAGAUAGGUUGGUUUCCGGCCAACUACGUGAAGCUGCUCAGUCCCAGCACCAGUAAGACAACGCCCACAGAACCCACGCCUCCGAAACUGGCUCCUGCCAGCACAGCUUUGUGUCAGGUGAUCGGCAUGUACGACUAUGUGGCCCAGAACGAUGACGAGUUGGCCUUCCAAAAAGGUCAGGUGAUCACAGUGCUCAACAAGGACGACUGUGAUUGGUGGAAAGGGGAGCUCAACGGGAGGGAGGGUCUGUUUCCCAGCAACUACGUCAAACUCACCACGGAUACUGACCCGAGCACGCAGUGGUGUGCUGACCUCCACCUGCUGGAUAUGCUGAGUCCCAUGGAGAGGAAGAGGCAGGGAUACAUCCAUGAGCUGAUCGUCACCGAGGAGAACUACGUCAACGAUCUGCAGCUCGUCACGGAGAUAUUCCACAAACCUUUGUUGGAGUGUGAGCUGCUGACGGAGAAGGAAGUGGCUAUGAUCUUCGUCAACUGGAAGGAGCUCAUCAUGUGCAACAUCAAACUGCUCAAGGCUCUGAGAGUGAGGAAGAAAAUGUCAGGAGAUCGGAUGCCUGUGAAGAUGAUUGGUGACAUCCUGACCAACCAGCUGCCUCACAUGCAGCCCUACAUCAGAUUCUGUUCGUGUCAGCUGAACGGAGCCACGCUGAUUCAGCAGAAAACUGACGACAACCCUGAGAUCAAAGAUUUUCUCAAGAGGUUAGCCAUGGAUCCCAGGUGUAAGGGAAUGCCUCUGUCCAGUUUCCUGCUCAAACCCAUGCAGAGAGUCACACGCUAUCCGCUCAUCAUCAAGAAUACCUUAGAAAAUACUCCAGAGUCACAUCCAGACCACAGCCACCUGAAAGCUGCUCUGGAGAAAGCAGAGGAGCUGUGCUCACAGGUGAACGAGGGCGUCAGGGAGAAGGAAAACUCAGAUCGUCUGGAGUGGAUUCAGGCUCAUGUUCAGUGUGAGGGGCUGUCUGAGCAACUGGUGUUUAACUCUGUCACCAACUGCCUGGGUCCCAGGAAGUUCCUCCACAGCGGGAAACUGUUUAAAGCCAAGAGCAGCAAAGAGCUCUACGGCUUCCUGUUCAAUGACUUCCUGCUGCUGACACAGGUGACCAAACCUCUGGGCUCCUCUGGCUCAGACAAAGUCUUUUCCUCGAAAACACACCUGCAGUACCGCAUGUACAAGACGCCAAUCUUCCUAAAUGAAGUGUUAGUGAAGCUGCCAACAGACCCGUCAGGAGAUGAGCCUCUGUUCCACAUCUCUCACAUAGACAGAGUUUACACACUCCGAGCUGAGAGCAUCAAUGAAAGACGGCCGUGGGUCCAGAAAAUUAAGGCAGCUUCAGAACUCUUCAUUGAGACAGAGAAGAAGAAGAGAGAGAAGGCGUAUCUAGUUCGUUCUCAGAGGGCUACAGGUAUUGGUAGACUGAUGGUCAACAUUGUGGAGGGAAUUGAGCUCAAACCCUGUCGCUCCCAUGGAAAAAGUAACCCUUACUGUGAGGUGACCAUGGGUUCCCAGUGCCAUAUCACAAAAACAUUACAGGACACGUUAAAUCCUAAGUGGAACUCCAACUGUCAGUUUUUUAUAAAGGACCUGGAACAGGACGUCCUCUGUGUCACUGUGUUUGAACGAGACCAGUUCUCACCUGACGACUUCCUGGGCAGGACAGAGAUCCGGUUGGCUGAAAUAAAGAAGGACCAGGGCUCUAAAGGACCAAUCACGAAGCGACUGCUGCUCCAUGAGGUUCCCACAGGAGAGAUAGUUGUCAGGCUGGACCUCCAGCUGUUUGAAGAACCAUAAAACCAGAACAGGAUCAUACUGGACUGGACUGAAAAAGGAACUGAGAGAUGUGUUGCGAACCCAACAGCUGGGCUGGAUUAGACUAGACUGGUCUGGAUCCGGUUUCUCAGAGCUCAUUGGCUGAUGGGAGGGUGGUGCAUUCAGCUGAGGGCAAGUAUCAGUUAUUAUCAUUUGCCUGUUGGAUUAAAAGAAAAACAUAAGAAUAUUGAGUAGAUCAGGAGCAGCAAGGCAGGAUUACCCCAGGCCCCAGACCUCUAACAGACCAUCUGCAAGUCUGGAAAAGUCUUAAACUACAUGUCAGACUGGUGCGACAGUGAUGGUGCUGCAUUAUUUGCAAAUUAUCAGUAAUGGUACAACAUUUAGAUAAAACAAUAUAGACGACAGGGUCAAUGAGGCUAAUUUUCCUUUGCACCAGAUCAUCAAUCAAUGGAAAUAAAUUAUUGUCUCAGUUUCAGGCUACAUAUCAGUUUAGGGAAGCAAGACAUUUAAAUAGGAUUUAAGAGAUUAAUAUUGUACCUAAAGUGAUGUGUCAACAGGUUCUGAAUCUCUUAAAUUCUUAAAAAGUCUACAAAAGUCUUACAUACAGUAUAUCAUUAUGUCUUAAAAUGUUGCUGUUUGUUGUAGAGGUGAAAUUGUAUGGGUUAGACAGCUCCACACUGUAAUGGUAGAUUUUAAAGAUGAAAACACCCUUUAAGAAGCUGUUGUUAUAAUGGACACGUGUUAACAGGUUAACCAGCUCAGCAUCAAUAAUGUGCUACCAAGGAAUGAAAACCCAAUACCUGUUUCUGAUCUACUCCAGUCCAGUCCUCUUCUGAGCUCCUUCAGUCUGGUCCAGUGCAGUAUUUAGUCCAGUCCAGUCCUCUUGGAGAUCGGCCGGGUCUUAACUGUUUUCUCUCCCUUUGCUUCAUCAGACAGUCUCACAGACACUCCAGUGACAAUCCCAGCCCUCCCUCUUUGUCCCAACAAACCCAAACUCCUGUGUGUAUGUGUGUGUGCGUGCACCAAUGUGUGUGUGUGUGUGUGGGUGCGUGUCUGUGAGAGACUGCUGGUUUGAAUGAAUGUAUGAGUGUCAAGGUGGACAAGCUAAUUAAUGGUACGGUUCAGUGAACAUUUUCUUUUAUUUUUUUAUGUCGAGUCUUACAACUCUCUCAGAGUCUUAAGUUCAACUCUUCAGGCUUUCAGCUUUGAGGUACUGCAUGUAAAGGGACCUUGACAUUUUGAAUUUUGGUCUGUUUAGACCUUCACUGAACACUUGUCACAUUAUCUUAGAAAGUGAUAAAUAUGUACAGGUUUAAUGAGAAAUGCUAACGAUGCUAAUAAGCUGAAAUUAUAGAAAGACUUUACCCUAGUAUAUGACAAGUGUCCAGUGCACAUAAAUUACAGACAUGCCAAAAUGUCCCUUUUACAUGUAUCAGUUAUAAUAAUGGUGAUGAUAAUAUGGCUGGAACAGGGAACAGGUGUUACAGCCACUUUAAAUUGAGGUACUGUAAAGAAGAAUGUCUUAAUUUUUUCUUAUUUUUUGAUGUUGAACGCACACGGAGGUUGUAGUUUUAGGUGAUUUUUGUCACACAUCCAACCUCUGUUGUUAUGUUGCUGCUGUGUGGAGCUGUCACAGUGGCCGUCACUAUGCAGGGAGGGAAAAACCUGAAAAAUCAGGGGGGCCCAGAGCUGGAUUGAUUCGGGCCCUCGAACAUGCAAGGUACUACAGAAAUGUAUUUUAUAGGAACAGCAUUUUAGACCAUUUCCACACUCUAACCCUGAGAAAGCUCAGUGUAGGAAUAAUUUUACUGUGCGUCGGCACUCCCAGCACUUUUAAAAUAGACACUGUUGCUGAUAUUAGAGCAGAGCAAGACACGACUCGACUGACUUUUGUCACACAGCGGCCAUUUUGAAUAGUCAAAGUAGGAAACUAAACCUGGAAGACUGGUAAGACUGGUGUUGUUCUUAUUGCCAUCAAAUUCCAUGACAGACCAAAACCAACAACAUGCUAGCCCGUCUCCUAGUGAUUUCCAACUCAUCUGCCUGCCUGUGGCUGUCAACCCCAAGCCCAUUGGUUCCUACUGAAGAUCUUACUUCGUAAUCAAUAAAAAUGGCUCUUGAAUAUAGAGAUUUAUUAUUAAAAAGGCUUAGUAAUUUCCUAAAACAGCUCGGCACUGUAGUUUUGAGCAAACUUAACUCAAACAGGAGGAAAGAGAACAUUUGUUGGGGACUAUUUUCACCAUUUUCAGUGGCGGAUUAAUCCACAUUUGGUGCUGUGGUGAUUAUUUGGAGCUUUAUGGUGCAGUGGAUAUAUCAAGCUUUGGAUUCAUACAACACUUGUUAGUGGGAUACAUUCACUUUUGGUUUUGGUCUUUUCAUGAGAAUUGUUGAGAAUACAAUAUAGUAGAGUAUCACCAGACUUCGACUCCGAUCAAAAUAUAUGUCAUUAUUAUAACAUAUUGCUUUACUAAAUAAAAGUCUGACAGUUGGUUGUAAGCAGUGUGAGAGCCUAGUCUGCGUAACACCUUCUCAACAAUUUAAAAUGUCCUCUUUAAAAAGAGUAGGAGCCCUCUAUUAACUAGCAAUUGUGAAGACCUUAUGCUACAACUGCUUACAGUACUAUGGAAAUUAGUUAGCAAUAGCCUGCUGAAGUCUAGAUUGUGGCACCUGUCUAUAGCCCCAUGUCCAUGUUCAUCAGGAAAAUAAAAAGUAAUUCCCCCAGUAUUUGAGAUAAUAUCAUUUCUUAUUUGUUUAGAAAGAGGAAUAUUAAAUCCUUUAAAAAAUAAAAUGUUUUUGUAGCUUUCAUAGCUGCUGCGUACUUCCAGUGCCUUCACAUGCAGUUAUGCUAGCUUGUUCAUGAGAUAGUGCCAAAUGAAGGCCUGUAGAAGCUGUUGCUUGACUUUUUUUUUUUUUUAAGUGGAGUGUUAUUACUUUUGUCACCUGUGCUUCUCUUGUUCUUUGACAUAAAAAAACAACUAUUCACUAUUUUGAAAGAACAAAGUAUUGCUUUUUGUUUUCAGUUUUUGUCACAUUUUAACCCCUUAAUUUUAUUUGCAUAUCAUUUACCUGACUUUUUUUGUCAACAACACAAACUCAGGCAUUACUUUGAAGGCAGCAUUAAUCUUCCAAGCAGAUUUUCCUUACUUGGGUGUUCAAAAUGGCCACCAUGUUAGCCAGUUGGACAGAUAAAACGCCAGGUUGUUCGCUCAGCGGAGUUGUAUAUAUGUUAGUUAGCUAGCUACUUGGCCAGUUAGUAAAUUUAGUUAGUCAUUUUUAAUUUAAUGCCACGGUUACAGUAAUGUACUGAAUUACCACUGAGACAACCGAUAGUUACCUUAGUGACCAGCCACUGUCCAAUCAGGAGUCAGCAAGGCUCAGCCAGUUGCAGCAUCUUGACUGUGGAGGAAGGUGUGUAUGAAUGUGUGUUUCCCCUGACUGAUGAUAAUGAAGAUGAUGAAUGAUGAUGAAUUUGUCUUACAUCCCUGUCGACUCCCUCUGUACUGUUCUCCAGUACCCGUCCUCCUCCUCCCCUCCUCUCCACACUGUACUGAAACUAACCUAAUCCAGUUUGAACCUGUUCUUACUGUCUAUCUUCCAGGUUGUGUAUAAUACUACUGCUAUCUGAGAGUUAAUAUAUGAGUGCUACGGGGGGCGAUAGAGACAGCCUGCUGUUAAUUAUCACUGUAGAAGAUGAUGUACGUUGUUGUCUUUCAAUGUUCAGAAUAAACUUCAGUUGGACCAAAACUGUA